AAACAUAAAUAAAAAAUUAAAUUAAUUACAAAAAAUAUUUAAUAGAAAAAUAAUAAAAUAACAAACACAACGACGAAAACUAGCACAUUGCAUAUACAUUAAUCAAAUCCUGUAAAAUCGUAACAGUAUCCUGCACACAUGCCAAUCUAAAUUACCUCAACUAUCGAUAUCAGCUUAGUCAACAUCAACAUUAACAGCGAGCGGAACAACUACAACAACAAGAACAACAAAUACAAAGAAUACAACAAAAUACCGCAACCACGUCCACGUCCACUACCACAAAAUGGGUGAUGAACACGAAGCUCGUACAUUCAAGGAGAAGUUGCUCUUCUAUACCACAGCGUUUUUCAUUUUACUUGGCACAUUUAGUAUGUUCGCGUUUCUAUUUUUGGUGCCAUUUGUGAUUGAGCCUGCAUUCACAACAAUAUUCAUGCAGUUUGAAGAGGUGCCAGCAUUAUGUGAGACCUAUGAAACAGAAACAUAUUAUGGGGCAAAAAAUUGUUCGUGGGCAUCGUGUCGCGAGGGUUGUACCAAAGAUAUAUACACAUGCACACAAAUACGCGUUAAUUAUCGUUUAAAUAUGUAUAAUUACACGGAUGAAUUUAAUGUCACCGAGUAUCACAUAAACCUCAAAGAGUCAGAACGUGAAAUACCGCCAGUUAAGCGCACUGAUCGCUAUGAGCGUGCCAUACGUGAUUAUGAUUACGACGCCGUCGAUAGUCAAAGCACUAAUCCCGCCACAGCGUUCGACACACUAGAUAUGCAGAGUGGCAGUAGUAGUAAUGUGCAUAUGGAGCAACUCCAUUUCGAUGGCACAAAUACAUACUUAAUUGAAGAAGAACAAGAUGAGGAUUUAAGUGGUGUUGGUACAUUAAUAAAUAGUGAACGUCGUCCAUUUGAUGAAAUUAUGGAAUUGAAUGAGGGACUGAUGGGGAGUAAUUCAACUUAUUUUUAUGUGGGUGCACGCUUAUUUCCUAAUGUUAAAGGUUGCGGCUAUCCACCAAUGCUCAAUUGUACUAUUUGGCUUAAGCGUUAUACAAAAAUUGGCAUUAAAUUUCCUUGUUACUAUUCGAAAGUCGAUCCAAGUUUAGUAAUAAGCGACUUAGAUUAUUGGCAAAAUACGCUCAAUUUGGUUUAUUCAAUGGCCAUACCUAUACCAUCAUUUAUAAUAUCGGUGAUUUAUUUGACAUAUGCGUACUUUAAAAUAUACAAUGAGGAUGAAGAAACAGCGCCACUCGAUAAAAAUGCCGAGGAUAUGGACAUCGAUGAAGAAGGAGUUGAUGAUAGUGAUAAUGCUGCCUUAGCGGAAAAUGCAGCAGGCAGUCAAGUUAUAAAUAUGGACUUAACAACUGGUGAUAGUUGCGGGGAUGUGAUAUUACCAAAUGGUGGACCUGGCAUGACAACAUCGGUGUCGCAAGUUGGUUCAAUAGCUACACCAGGUCAAUAUUUAGCUCAAUCGCCGGUGGGGUCACAGAUGACACCAAAUUCCGAAAUCAAUUCAUUUGGUCAUCAGCUUAAAGUACAAAUGGCAGAUGAAUUAUCUCGUGACUCAUUAGACAAUGGCGUGUUGUCAACUUCUAACUCAGUGCAAGGAAACUUGAGCAAGACGAUGACGACGAGUAUCUCAACGCCUCCUGGGCCGACAGCCGCAGUUUGAAACGCCAAGUUCACGGUUUAGAAAACGUUAAGUUCCGUUUCAGUAAAUAAUUAUAUUUUCGAUUUAUAGAUGAUUUUUUUUUAAAUUUAUAACAUUUUAAAGCAAAAUAA